AUGGCCGGCGCAGGUGAUGAGAACCGGGACAUCGUCGCGACCAACGUGGAUGACCUGGAAGUUGAAGACACAGACCAGCAGGAGCCUACUGCCAAGCAGCAUUCCACAGAUGCCAAGCGGACUCUCUUCAGGGCUCAGCGCGAUGUUCAGGCGAAGUCAGGCAUCUUGUCUUUGUUUGACUUUCGGUUCCUGCUGUGGAACUCAGCCGCAAGCCAAAGUCCUCAGUACACAGUUGGUGAGCUUGAGAGCAAGAUCUACGACAACUCACUUCAUGCGAACGAGGGCGCGCUCCUUCUUCCUCUGAAGAUUCUAUCAAGAGAUGACACUGCUUCCGACGUUCAAGAUGAGCCUCCGCAGAUUUUGCUUUUCACAAACUGGAAGGCGAAGCUCGCUGCUCAGGGGUGCCUCCUGGUGUCGCUGGUCUCUGGGAUCAUCUCGCCCAUCACCUUCAUCUGGGGCGGAAGCUGGGCUGACCCUCACUGGGUUCCUGGCGGUAGGGCUUUGAUGGUUUGCGACCUGAUCCUCGACGUGGGCUAUCUCUUCUAUUUGGUCCUGGAGUUGAAGAUGUCCUACCUGCACCCGGAGCGCAAGGUGGAGGUCACAGAUGCCACGCAGAUCAAGCGGUUCAGGAUGACCAACAUGAUGUACUUGCUUCGAAUGUUUAGCGUCACGAGCUACUUGUGGAUCAUCGCUUUCAAUGGGAGCUUGCUGCUGAAUAUCACCAAGAUCGUGCGGCUCUAUCACUAUGUGCGGUUCCCGGAUCCGAUGUGGUUGGUUUAUGACUAUGGCCGACUUCGAGAAUUGAGGCCCGCGCUUUUGCUCACCUGGCUGGCCCACUGGGUCGGGUGCCUUCUGGCAUGGGGCGGUGGCUACAGAGAGGCACUGGUGCGAUCAGGUGAUGGCGCAGCCUACGAGACCACUUUCAACGGCCAUGUCGUUCCUGGAUGGUUUUCCUUAUACUUCAUGGCUUUUGUCGAAGCCUUGUACAUGCUGACGGGUGCUCUUGACAAUCCUCUGGGAGAUGGCUCGAUUCGCGAGAAGAACUUUGGAGCAUUGAUCUUGGUGGCAAUCUUCGGCCCCGUUGGUUGCGUGAUCGUGGCCCACUUCAUCGCCACGGUGGUCAGAGAGCAGGAGCGCAAAUACGCGCUGGACAUUCGCCACGAGGAGAAUCAGGCCUUCGUGAAGCGGGCGCUGGAGAAUCUGAACGUGCCCAAGGAGCUGCAGCGAAGGGUCUUCAGCUUGCACCAGUUCCAAAAGAUGAGCCACGACUACGAGGCCUUUGAGCACCUGUUCAAGAACCACACCUUAUCAUCGCCACUGGAGGACGCUAUCCGGGUAUACCUGUACCAGUCGGUGCUGUCUUCCACCUUCUUCAACAAUAAGGAGCACAGCUACAUCUUAGCGGUGGUUCGAGUACUUGAAGACAAAGCCUUCCUGCCCGGCGAUUAUGUGGUGCGGGUGGGCGAGGUGGCUGAUGAGAUGUACUUCAUCAGCAAAGGCGAAGUGUCAGUUCUCGUAGCCAAUGGCAAGUCCAAGGAAGUUGAGAAGGCCACGAAGCUUCCCACAAGGAAGCGGAAGGGCGACCACUUUGGCGAAGUCGCACUGAUCAAGGGAAGUCUCCGGACAGCCUGGGUCAAGGCGGAGACUUAUGUGAUUGCGUCAUGCCUGAAGCGAACCAGCAUCGAACAAAUCUGGAAGUACUUCCCGCAAGAGCGCGAGUCGCUGCAGCGGCAAGUCAUGCAGACUGUCAUGCGGGAUGCUGCUCGCCAAGCUACCGCCCGGCAGAGCGUCCCGGAGCCCCAAGGCGCGGAACCUGAGACGCCGCGAGCAGCAACAGGCCUGGGCGCCGCCCCGAGGGAGGCCCACGAGGAGAAGGCCCUCGCCACGCCCCAACACCAGGCGGAGACGCUGGCACGCAUCGAGCGCUUGUGCGAGUCCUUGAGCUCAAAGCAGCAAGAGAUGCUGGGGCGCUUGGAGGAGCUUGAGCAACACCUCAAGCCACCAGAGAAGCCGGACAAACAGGAGAAGCAGGAGAAGGCAAAGAAACCCUUGAAGCCCGGCGAAGAUGCGCCUGUGGAGGCACAUUCUGCAACACAGGCGAGCGCCAAGAAGGCAACGAAGCUUGUGCCCAAGAAGAAGGCGGCCCCGAGGACGGAUCCGUCAGCGGAAUCCCAUGGAUCUCUUGGUCAGGCUGCUGCGAGCGAGAUCGGCAGGCCGCUGAUGGACCGCCCCUGA